CGCGGCUUUUUCCCCGCUCUGCGCCCGGUUCCGUGGCCGUCCCGCGGCUCCGAUUCCACCAUGGCUCCCAAAGGCGGGCCCAAGCAGCAGUCCGAGGAGGACCUGCUCCUGCAGGAUUUCAGCCGCAACCUCUCGGCCAAGUCCUCGGCGCUUUUCUUCGGGAACGCCUUCAUCGUGUCCGCCAUCCCCAUAUGGUUAUAUUGGCGAAUAUGGCAUAUGGAUCUUAUUCAGUCUGCUGUUCUGUACAGUGUGAUGACCCUAGUAAGCACUUACUUGGUGGCCUUUGCUUACAAAAAUGUGAAAUUUGUUCUCAAGCACAAAGUAGCACAGAAGAGGGAAGAUGCUGUCUCCAAAGAAGUGACUCGGAAACUCUCUGAAGCUGAUAAUAGAAAGAUGUCUCGGAAGGAAAAGGAUGAAAGAAUCUUGUGGAAGAAGAAUGAAGUUGCUGAUUAUGAAGCUACAACAUUUUCCAUCUUCUAUAAUAACACCCUAUUUCUGGUCUUGGUCAUUGUUGCUUCCUUCUUUAUACUGAAGAACUUCAACCCCACAGUGAACUACAUUUUGUCCAUAAGUGCUUCCUCAGGCCUCAUCGCCCUCCUGUCUACUGGCUCCAAGUAGACUGCCUCAGCUUUGCCAGCCCCUCCUCCCACCACCCCGACUUUGUAUCUAUGGGUGGCCUGUGAUGUGGAGAAAUAGCAGGGUGGUCAGGGUGGAAGACACACAAGCUGUUUUUAUAAGUCUGGAGUUUGAGGGUUUAAAAAACCCAACAAAAUGUAAUUCAGUAUUUGUUUAUUGGCUCUUUUUUUUUUUUGACAGAUUGUUGAAAUUAAAUGAAUUGAAAGGGAAA